AUGAUAGGAGCCAUUUGUUCUGCUGUAUAUAAAGUGUCGGACAGUGAGUAUUACUUCUUUGACUCACAUUCUCAUGACAGUGAUGGCAUGUCUUCUUGUGAUGACAAGGAGAACAAAAGGGAAACAACUGUAAGGAAAAUUAAAAGACAGAAUGAUGAAGUGAGGGAAAAAGAAAAAGAACUGGAUAAAUCUGCAAGAAAAUUAAAACGACAAAAUUAUGAUGUUAAAGACAAGGAGAACAAAAGGGAAACAACUGCAAGGAAAAUUAAAAGACAGAAUGAUGAACUGAGGGAAAAAGAAAGAGAUCUGGAUAAAACUGCAAGAAAAUUAAAACGUCAAAAUGUUGAAUCAAGAGUAAGAGAACUGGAGAAAACUGCAAGAAAAUUAAAACGACAAAAUUAUGAUGUUAAAGACAAGGAGAACAAAAGGGAAACAACUGCAAGGAAACUUAAAAGACAGAAUGAUGAAGUGAGGGAAAAAGAAAAAGAACUGGAUAAAUCUGCAAGAAAUUAA